AUGAACAGUUCGCAGGCGGGCGCGGCGGCCCGGACCGCCUGGCUGAGCCCCUGCUGCAACCAGUCCGGGGGCCCCCCCGAGCCCCCCGAGGGGUCGCGCGCCGCGGUGCAGGCGGCGGUGCUGGGCGUGCUGUCGCUGCUGGUGCUCUGCGGGAUCCUGUUCCUGGGCGGCGGGCUCCUGCUGCGCGCGCAGGGCCUCACCGAGCUGCUGGCGCGCGAGCCGCGGGAGCCCCGCGAGGCCGAGCCCGGCGGGGGCGAGGACUCUGACGACACCUAGGAGUGGGCUGGCCCGGGGGUCGCGGACCGCACACCCCAGGGGGCGGCGCCGGUCCCGCGAGGGGCAUCCCCGCAGCUCCUGCUCCAGCACCCCGGCGGCUGGCGCCCCCGCACAGCUUCCAGAGCUCUGAGGGGGGUGUCUGCGCUGUCCCCGAGCUUGGCCUCCAGCCUGCAGCCCCAGGACGUCCUGCCUUCGACCCGUGGGUGCGCAGAGGACCGACUGCCCGAAACGACUGGCCGAAACUUGGCCCCCGUGGAAACUCCCCUGGGCACUCACUGCAGCUGCUGCCUCUGCUCCACUCCCCCUGGAAGCCCUCCUGGCGUGGGCCCGGGAGGCCCAUUCACUGCAUCCUGACACUGAGGAGGGGCUCGCUCCCUGGCUGCUGUGUGCUGCACAUGCCCGCCCUGACCCCACAGCCUGGGUGUUGACACAUGUCCCGCGUCUGGGACAGGAUGACCCUCGCCUGUGGCCUGUGGUCAGUGCUGCCCAUGUGGAGGUGACGGGUGCCUCAGGGGUGCCUCCUCACUUCCCGCAGCUCGUCACUAAAUCUCCCGAUAGCGCGAGUCUGGGGCAAACAGGCUGCAUUUCCAGUUCCUGACCUUGGUGCCACCCUGACGCCCGCCUCCAGCUGGGAGAGGAUCUAGCAGACUCUGAGUGUGGCCCUCUGGCCCGGCUCCUCUUCUCGGCCUCCCCUUGCGGUGGCUGUGCCCCUGUCGUGCACAGAUCCUGUCUUUCCCGGGUGGGCAGGGAGUGUGGGCCCCUCGCGGCCUCCCGAGGCCUGUGGGCCAGGCCCCCUCCCUCAGCCGUGCAGAGUCCUGCUCAGAAAGAAGGGUGGGUUUCUGAGCACGCACGCUGAACCUCGGGCUCGCCCGAGCCCCACUCCUCAUCCAGCCAGCAGGGAGGCCGUUGUGGGCAUCAAGUAGGUCAGGUGCUUGUCUGGAGAUUAAAGGCGUCUUCCACUGCAGCCCUCGUGGACGCUGGCGUCAUUUCCCCCGAGAGGAGCCGUCUUCCUGUCCACCCUGUUCCUGGGAAACUUUCCGCUGCUUUCUCUGACCCUCAGGGACUGAGUAAGCCAGUGCUCCGAGCCAGGCACUCUCUGGGGUGGGGACGGAGAAUUCUGUCCUUAGCCAAGUAAGAAGGGGUGCUCACGGCACGGCAGCUGUCGGAAGCACCCCCUUGCCAGAGCCUGAGCAGAGGCUGGCUGUCGGGGCAGAGUGGAUGAGCGUGAGAGACCAGUGUGGGAGGUGCCGUCUCCAAACACAGUGGACAGGAGGGACAUGCUUGUGGCGCUCAGGCCUGAGGAGGCGCGGGGCCACCCUUGGGGCAGUGAAGUUGAUGGAGGCUUUCCAGGGUGAUGCAGAAAAUUCUGGAUCUUAGGGAAUUAAGGGGGAAGACUGGGGCUGGAGCGAUAGCACAGCAGGGAGGGCGUUUGCCUUGCAUGUGGCCGACCCGAGUUCGAUUCCCAGCAUCCCAUAGGGUCCCCUGAGCACCGCCGGGAGUGAUUCCUGAGUGCCUGAGCCAGGAGUAACCCCUGUGCAUUGCCGGGUGUGACCCAAAAAGCAAAAAAAAAAAAAAAAAAGGGUGAAGACUGGAGCAUCUUUGUGGCUUUGUGGUAGAGACAGCAGGAGGCUGUGGCCAAAGCCCACAGAAAGUGCUACGGGCCAGGAUGGGGUGGGAAGAAUGGGGUGGCCCAGCACCUUCUAGAUGUGGGGGUGGAGGGGGCUUGCCCUGGCUUCGCCCACAGGCCUGAGUGGGGGCCUGCCCCUCCCACGGCACCACUCACCCUUUUGGUCUGAAUUGACGGGUGAACCAAAUAAUUCUGGCCCGAGCAGAGGGAAUUGAUUGGUCCCUGUAGCUGAUGAGCCUCAUGUGACUCAGCCUUCAGACCUGCCUCCCGUCCAUCUGGACCCUGCACUGCUCGCCUCUCUGUGCCCCUGCAGGGUGGUCUGGCCUCCCGGGGUCAGCUCUGCCAGGAAAGAUCACUCAGACCAGCCCUCCGGAGCAGCUGUGACUGGCUGUCGGACUCUGGGCUCAGGCCACCCCUCCCUCCCCUCCGCCCCCGCCCCAUGGCACUGCUGUGAGCAUGGAAUGUUCCAGGGCCCUGUCACAUUCUCGACUCGACACCCCAGCCACAAAGCCCAAAGGGAGGGCGUGUCCUCUUACUACACUUAGGUCUGUGCAGUUCUGGGGUCAGUGGAGCCAGAGGGGGCUCCCAAGUCAUGGGGGCAGCUGACCGGUCUGAACACAGCAGGGACACCCCAGGGGAGCGGUCAGGAGGAGGUAGGCGGGUGCCGGGCCGUCAUGUCACAGAGAUGGAGAAGGAAACUGUGGAAGGGACGGGGUGGGGGGGGGGCCGGGGAUGGGCAGCCUCCCAGCAUGAC